AUGGUCUCGUGCGCAACAAAAUGGACGCGCACGGAAGAGAAGCGCGAGUACGAAAACAAGCGCGAGUACGAAAACAAGGUGCUCGAACUCACCAACAAGCUCGAGGUCAUUGAGAAGCGAAGCAGCGAGCGACGCGCGCUCCAGGAGAAGCGCUACAAAGAAGAGAUCGAGUUCCUCAAGUACCAAGGCCAGCACCUCGACGCCUUCCUCAAGUCGGCCGGGGGUGGCGCCAGCAAAUAG